GCACCUGGUUGGCGUGGGGAAGGGGCUGGGCGCGGUGCAUCCUGGGAUACUGGGGGGCUGUAAAUUGCUCUUUUUGUCCCUGUGGCACAGGCGUGUGUUGCCCUCGCGCGAGCUAGCACGGCCCACAGUGACCCCUUGCCUGAAGGGACGCACCUUCGAGAUCCCGGGAGGGUGAACAAGCUUGAACAAGCUUUAGCACACAGACACAUUUUAAGCCUCACUGUGUAACUUUGCCCUUAAUUGCCAGACUCUUCUGUCAGGUUGGGAGUGGCUGCAGUUGAUGAGUACUGAAUAGUACUAAAUGUUUUAUAUGCGAUAUAGAAAGCACUUUCAGAGGAGCCUGGCUGCCUGCUGAGACACAAAGCAGCACAGGUCUCUGCUUGCCAAAGUAGUUGGGUUUGCAGCUCUAAGGAGUGAUGUUGACUUCAAGGAAUCGUGAGGAAUGAUUUCUGGAGUGUCAGGUUCACUGCCUGGCUCCAUUUGAGCCUUGGUUUCCCUGCACAAAAUGGCAUUUCUUGUAGGGCUCCCCUAACCUCUGACCCAAACUGGGUCAAUCGCCCUGCAGCCUAAAAGGCUCUUGACCACUUCUUAUAGGCUACCAAGUAGUUUUGGUGAUUUUGGCUUCUACCUUAGGGUGUCUUUAAACUGAUAACGUAAGUGAAAAAGUUAGGAUGUCAUUACCAAAUGUUGUGGUACCCUGAAGAAGCUACUUGAUUUGAAUGUUUAUCCCUUGUUAGCGGAAAGCAAACUACGUCAUAAUCACUUCUAAGCUACUCCCAGCAUUUAUUUUAACUUGUUCUAAUCAUUUUAUCGUUUCAGGUAACUCUCUCCAUGAAGUGAAGGAGGUAGUUUUUUGGGGGGUGUUUUGAUUAGGCUUUUGGAAUGGUAUAAACAGGCAACAUAUGGAAGGCAUCAAGAUUUAUAAGUGAUGACAGUAAAUUUGCCAUUAGAGGCAUUUUUGUAUCUCCUGAUUAACACAAAAAGCAUUUCGGGGAAGCAGAGAAACCAGCAUCUGUACUAUUUGUGUGGACCUAAGCUUUACUGGAGGAAAAACCAUGCCAUUCCUCUUAGAGUUAUUCAUACAAGCAAAACUCAAUGCAAAUGGACCAGAAAUAGAACACUAUGGUAUAGUAAAAACAUCCAUAACCAUGACUUCCUGUAUUAUAGAGUUUCUAAACUUUUAACUUCUUCUCCCGAGAGACUUAAUAAAGUGAACAAUCAUAUGUCACGAAUUAAGAGCACUCUGGAGUCUGUUUCUAAGGUUGUUUCUGGUACUCACAGUGAACUGGUUUCACGCAUAGCUCGAUUCAAGCCACAUUCUGGCAUUCUUGGAAAAGCUUUUCAAAGUAAUGCUCAUGAAAAUAACCUCCAGGUAAAUCUAGAAAAAAAUAAACAAACAGCCAGGAUUCAGGGAGAUUACAGUGAUAGUCUGGCUGCCAAGAAACCUGUUCAUGUCAAUGAACAUUUGGAGUCUGCAUUGAUAAGUACAAGUAGUACUAAUCAAGGUAUUUCAGAAGAUUACCUUUUUCACAUAAGCCACUUCAGUACAAAUUUUGGAGAGACUUACAACUUUUUAGCAAAUCAUAUCAAUUUGUACUUUGGCACUAAUAUUGUUAUGGAUCCACAGAAAAAAGGGAGUGAUUUUCCACAGGACUGUAAGUCUGAAGAAAUAAAUAAACUUGAUUCAGAAAGUGAGAUGACUAAUGCAAGUAGCACAAGUUCAGCAUCUGCCUUAAUUUCUGCCACAGAGACUCAAGAUGCUGAAAAGACAAAUACAGCUCUUCCAGCUUCCCCUAAAAAGACUAUUGCAAGCUUCCUUUCAAACCCUAGUAACAGUGUACAAGCUUUUGUAGACAGCUAUAUUGGUGGCCUGGUUCCCAAAUUAAGAGCUGAAUCAAAAGCUGCUUCCGAAAUGAAGGGUAAAGUAGAAGAACAUGAAGAGUCUGUAAAAGAUGAAGAGCAAAAUGGUAAAGAGAUAAAAUCUGCAGAAGAGAAAGAAAAACACCUGUCACUUCAGAGAGAAAAGAUUAUUGCGAGAGUCAGUAUUGAUAACAGAACUCGGGCUUUAGUUCAGGCCUUAAAACGAACCUCCAACCGAAGAGUCUGUAUCAACAGAAUUGAAGAACUGGCUUACCAUCUUCUGGAGUUUCCAGAAACCAGAGGAGUUGCAAUUAAGGAACAAAUAAUUCCAUGCUUACUACGUUUGAGACAGGCACAUGAUGAAAAUCUUCAGGCUUCUGUUAGGGAGGCUUUGGCUAUAAUUGGAUAUACCAACCCUGUGAAGGGCCGGGGAAUUCGAGUCCUUGCUAUCGAUGGAGGAGGAACAAGAGGUAUAGUGGCACUUCAGACUCUGCGCAAGUUAGUAGAACUUACUGGAAAGCCUGUCCAUCAUCUUUUUGACUACAUUUGUGGUGUAAGCACAGGAGCUAUAUUGGCAUUUAUGUUGGGGUUGUUCCAUAUCCCAUUGGAUGAAUGUGAAGAGCUGUAUCACAAAUUAGGAUCAGAUGUUUUUAAGCAGAAUGUCAUUGUUGGGACAGUCAAAAUGGGCUGGAGCCAUGCAUUUUAUGACAGUGAUACCUGGGAAAAAAUGCUCAAAGAGAAGAUGGGAUCAGAUCUUCUGAUUGAAACAGCAAGAAAUCCCAAAUGUCCAAAGGUAGCUGCAGUAAGCACCAUUGUAAGCAGAGGAACACCACUGAAAGCAUUUGUUUUCAGAAACUACAACCACCUUCCAGGUGUCAAGUCUCAUUAUAUUGGAGGAUGUCAGUAUAAAUUAUGGCAGGCUAUUAGAGCAUCAUCUGCUGCACCAGGUUACUUUCAGGAAUGUACACUGGGUAAUGACCUUCAUCAGGAUGGAGGUCUGCUUCUGAAUAAUCCUUCUGCUUUAGCUAUCCAAGAGUGCAAGUGUCUUUGGCCAGAUGUGCCGCUGCAGUGUUUAAUCUCAUUGGGUACUGGCCGAUAUGAAAGUGUGGGGAAGAACAAUGUCACAUACACAAGUUUGAAAACCAAACUUUCACAUGUUAUCAGCAGUGCAACUGAUACCGAAGAAGUCCAUGCUAUGCUGGAUGCCCUGUUACCUGCAGACACAUAUUUCAGAUUCAACCCUCUUAUGAAUGAAGACAUACCUCUGGAUGAAAAUCGUAAAGAAAAGCUCAGUCAGUUACAGACAGAUGGGAUUCGAUAUUUAGAACGAAAUGAAGAAAAACUGAAAAAAGCUGCCAAAAUAUUAACACAAGAAAGAACAACUUUGCAGAGAUUCAGUGACUGGCUAAGAUUAAAGACUGAUAUGUAUGAAGACCUUCCAUUUCUUUCCAAAUUGUGAAUAUAUAAUGCUUGAGGGUUAUAAAUAUAAAGCUUGUUUCAGAAAAUCCAUCCACUACUCUAAGGGAUCAGUGCAUAUAGUUAUAUAAUUACAUUGGGAUGACUGUCUGAAAUCAGUUCUCGGGCUGUCUUGCACACAUUCUUGGAAUAAGGUCUUAUGAUGUUAAUUAUUUUUUGAGUUUUAGAAACCUUACUAUUGUAUUAUUUUUUGUACAUUACUGGUGGUUUUUUGGUUGUCUGUGUAGAGUAUUUUAAUUUAAGUUUUGUUAAUUUGUGCCAACUAAGAUUGACAAUUAUGAGAAACAGAUGUUCCAUACAUUUUUGGAAGUGCGUACCAUAAUCAUGUUGACAUUAAAGCCUAACAUAUUUACCAAUUACAGGGCUCUUUCAAAAUUUAAAAAAUAUAUAUUGUGGGUUCUACAAUAUACACUUCAAGCUGUUUUACUGCCACUGAGUAACAAUCUUAUCAAACAUAGAACUUGGGCCAAGAAAAAGCACUUUUGCAUUUGAAAAUGUUAAAAUAAUUCAUUUUUGACACAUCUUUUUGUGUAUAACAAAAUUAAAUGUAUUCCUGUAAAAUGUUUGGGUGAGUAUAAUAACAUAUAAAACACUCAAUCUACCAAUAUUUUUCUGUAAUUUUAAGAUAGGCUGUACUGUAACUUUUAUAGGUUCAAUGCCAAAUUAAUAUUAAUCAUUUGAAAAUAAGUCAAUGCUUCAUUCAAAUAAGUAUUCCUGUCAUAUAAAGGAAAUAAAUUCUUGAUGUAGCUCGCUUGUCAUGCUGGAAACUUUCUUUUAAGUUAUUGCAAUGUAUACCUGUAUUGCAUGCCAGUCAUUAGAAACUAGCAUAUAGAGAAAGUGUAUAAAGUUGAUGCAUUUCAAAUGAAACAUGAAUUAUUCAUUGUGCCUUGAAUUCUAUAUGUGGGUUCUCCCAAUAUUUGAUUAAUAUUAUUGUGGGAGUUUUAUAGAGCUUAA